CGGCCCCGCCCCCUGCACUUGUCCCGGGCCCUGGUUGGCCGGUCGGGCGAGCUAUGUUAAUGAGAGCUGACCCUUAUUGCACCUGACGCGGAGCCCCCAUGCAGCCCUAGAGGGCAGGGAGGCAAGCGAGCCUUUGGGGCUGCGUGACCGUCCCGGGCUCCGGGCAGGACUGGCGGCUCCCCACGGGCAGCGGCCGCUUCGCCCGCAUCCGGGACCUCCCCGCGAUAUCCGCGGGACUCGCCGCACGGCGCCCCGUUCCCCACUCCCCUGCUCAUCCCCAGGGAAGAUGCCUAGAUCCUUCCUAGUGAAAAAGCACUGGAGCAACCGAAUCCCCAACUAUGGGCAACUGGAGUCUCGGAAAGAGAUAAGUGGGUCCUGCUACACCUGUGAGGGGCUGGUCUUCCCUCUCCUCCCCUCGGCGCCCAGUGAUGCUCCCAGCCUGUGGGACCGCAAGUCUGUCAUUGCUUGUAUCUCACUGCCUCUCCCCUUGAGUGGAGAGGGCCGGGAAGCCCCCAGCCCAGGGCCUCUGGAGAUCAGCGUGAUGGACUCCCUGGAGGGCCCCGUCCCCAGCGCGCCCCUCCAGGACAGCCUGAGCCCCUUCAGCCUCUCCCCAUUGCUGGACGGGCCUAAGCGGUGGCCUCUGGAUCCCAGGCCAGAGCCAGACAAGGCUCCGGACAAACUGCUUGGGGACGGCGGUGGGAGCCCUCCCCCGGGCGCCGUGGGCUGCUUCGAGUGCUUUGACUGCCAUAAGACCUACCACACGCUUUCCGGGCUCUCCAAACACCGGCAGCUGCGCUGUGAUCUGCAGGCCUGCCGCUACUUCAGCUGCAAGUAUUGUGACAAGGAGUACGCGAGCCUGGGGGCCCUCAAGAUGCACAUCCGCACCCACACACUGCCCUGCAUCUGCAAGAUCUGCGGCAAGGCCUUCUCCAGGCCUUGGCUCCUCCAGGGCCAUAUCAGGACUCACACAGGUGAGAAGCCAUACGCCUGUUCUCACUGCAGCCGGGCCUUUGCCGACCGCUCCAACCUGCGGGCCCACCUGCAGACCCACUCGGACAUCAAGAAGUACCAGUGUAAGAGCUGCACCAAAACCUUCUCCCGCAUGUCCUUGUUAACGAGACACAAGGAAGCCGGCAGCUGCCCAGCCUCCUGAUGGCCAGAAGUGGCCAGAGAAGCUAGGGGAGGAAGGGACCUGAACUGGGGUACCUGGAGCUAGGGGGUCACUCUUGGAAGUCUGGGAACCUGGCGAGGAACAUCUGUGCCCGGAGGAGAACUGCAAGAACCUGGACUCUUGGCAGGCUCGCUUUCCUUUUCCAUUUUGGAGUUAAUUGAUCCAAGCUUGGACUAGUACAGCUCUCAAAUUGCCUUGGGUCCCUUAUUUAUGCCUCCCACUUUGUUCCAUAUUGAGGCUUUGUUCCUGUCUGGGGGAAGAGUGUGCAAAGCAAAAAGAAGCCAUUUCCUCAAUUAACAGAUUACAGUCCUCCAUUUUAUUCUUCAAGAGUUGGGGCCUUUAGGGGAUUUAGGAAGAAGGAUUGGGCAUGCAACUAAAAAAAGGGUAGAUAAAGAACAAAUUUAAAAAUCCCCAAUUAAGCAACAAAUUGGAAAACCGAAAAUCAAAGGAAAGAUUAAUAAAAUUGAAAGGAAGAAAA